AUGUUAUGGCAUAAAGAGGAGCAAGGCUUGACUACAAACCGAUCAUCUGUUUCUGAAUUUGGGGAUGACAAUUUUUCUGUUGGAAGCUGGGAGAAGAAGGAAGUAAUAAGCCGUGAUGGAGACGUAAAGCUCCAAACUCAAAUCUUCUACGCAUCAAUUGAUCAAAGGAGUGAACAGGCUGCAGGUGAGAGUGCAUGUACGGCCCUAGUUGCUGUCAUAGCAGAUUGGUUCCACUGCAAUUCUGAUCAAAUGCCUAUCAAGUCCCAACUUGACAGCCUCAUACAAGAAGGCUCCCUAGAAUGGAGGAAUCUCUGUGAAGAUGUGGCCUACACGAUGCGUUUCCUGACAAGCACUUUGACCUUGAGACUGUUCUCCAGGCUGAAAAUGGUUGAACAAUCAGGAAGGUUCGACUUGCUUCAUGGUGCCAUGUCCUUUGAUAGCAUCUGGGAUGAGAUAAGUAAGAACAAUGAAACUACGCUGUAUAUUGUGAGCUGGAACGACCAUUUUUUCAUAUUGAAGGUUGAAAUGGAUGCAUAUUACAUAGUUGACACCCUAGGCGAGAGGCUUUAUGAGGGAUGCAAUCAAGCCUAUAUACUCAAAUUUGAUGAAGAAACAACAAUGUCACAUGUGUGCAAAGAGGCUCAAUCAUCAGAGAAAAAACCAGCAAGUGAAGAGACAAAGAUGGUAGCCUUGAAUGAAUCUCAGGACAGUGAAGAAGAAGAAGAAGAAUCAGUUCUGUGCAGAGGCAAAGAAUGUUGCAAGGAGUAUAUUAAGAAGUUUUUGGCUGCAAUUCCUACAAGGGAACUGCAAGUUGAUCUCAAGAAGGGCUUAAUGGCUUCCAUACCUCUUCAUCAUCGUCUACAAAUUGAGUUCCAUUACACCAGAGGAUGCAAGCAUGAGUUAAUUAGCAGCCCUUAUAAAUGCAGACAGUUGCUUAGGAUGUCUUCUUAUCUCAUUAAAACCGUUGAAAGCCAUGGGUUUGUCUUUAAAGAGGCAGAGAUGUGGGCCUGUGACAUUUGGUAA